GAGGGUGGAGCGUAGGAGCGUGUCCUGCGUGUGUCUGUCGGGGGAGAGAGCUGUGUAACCGCUACUGCGCGGGAAGUAAACUGCGGGUCCUACGCAAGAACUGCGCCGCAGUCACGGAGGAAAGAGAGAUGAGCCAAAAGUUUGAACGCAGGGGGAUCCAUGUGGACCAGUCAGAGUUGCUGUGCAAGAAAGGAUGCGGUUACUAUGGCAAUACAUCCUGGCAGGGCCUGUGCUCCAAGUGCUGGAGGGAGGAGUACCAGCGUGCCCGGCAGAAGCAGAUCCAGGAGGAUUGGGCACUGGCAGAGAAACUGCAGCGAGAGGAGGAAGCUGCCUAUGCCAGUAGCCAAGGGGCACAGUCCCAGCCUCAGCCAUCACUUGCACCCUUCUCGAAAUUCGAGGAAAAGAAGACCAAUGAGAAGACCCGGAAAGUGACCACAGUGAAGAAGUUCUUCAGCCCAUCUUCACGCACGGCCUCAAAGAAAGCACCCUCCGAGAAAGUGGAGAAGGUGCCGGGUGCCAGGGAGCGCCACGGAGAGACCCUGCUCAGGGACCUGAGGGGCAUUUUCACACCACCUUGGGAGAUGGUGUCCCCCACUGAAGCACUGGUAUCCAGGUUGAGAGAGAACCACGAGGGAAAGACCCCCAGCCCGUCCGUGAGCCGCCAGUCCAGCACGGAGACGGAUCGUGUGUCCCGUGACUUUGUCGAGUUCCUGAAGAACCUGCAGAAGCCGGGCCGCGAGAUCCACAAGCAGUGCCGCGCGUUCAUUGAGAGCAUGGCCAAUAAGAAGGACCUUGGUGCAGAUGAGCUGUCUGAGUGCGUCCAGGAUUUUUACCAGAACAUGUCAGACCGCUUGCUGACUCACUUUAAAGGGUCUACGGACCGGGUGGAGCGAGUGAUGGACCAGGUGGAGAAGUACAUCAUGACCCGCCUCUACAAGAAUGUAUUCUGCCCCGAGACCACCGAUGAUGAGAAGAAGGACUUGGCCACACAGAACCGCAUUAGGGCCUUACACUGGGUAACUAUUCAGAUGCUUUGCGUCCCUGUUGACGAAGAAAUCCCUGAAGUGUCGGACAGUGUGGUAAAAGCCAUCACGGACAUCAUAGAGAUGGACUCCAAGCGUGUGCCCCGGGACAAGCUGGCCUGCAUCACGCGCUGCAGCAAGCACAUCUUCAACGCGAUCCGUGUCACGAAGAACGAGCCCGCCUCUGCCGACGACUUCCUGCCUGCGCUCAUUUACAUUGUGCUGAAAGCCAACCCACCCCGACUGCAGUCAAACAUCCAGUAUAUCACGCGCUUCUGCAACCCCAGUCGCCUGAUGAGCGGGGAGGAUGGCUACUACUUCACCAAUCUGUGCUGUGCUGUGGCCUUCAUCGAGAAGCUGGAUGCCCAGUCCCUGAACUUGAGUCCGGAAGACUUUGAGCGCUACAUGUCUGGCCAGAUGUCCCCCUGCCGACCAGAGCCUGAGGCGUGGCCCUCGGCCGGCCCUGGAAUCAGCCCUGCGUUGAGGGAAGCCCGUCGCAGCCUGGACCUGCUUGCCAGUCUGGAGGCGCGCCAGGAGAGGGUGCUCGAGGGGGCGCGGACCCUUGAGAGCGAUCUGAUUGACUGGCAGGAAAGUGUAGAGCGCGAGGUGCGGGAGAUCCUGGGGAGGUUCCCGCUGGAGGUCCGGCCGCCUGCCUCGGCCAUCGACUCGGAUAAUGUGGAGAAUGACCGUCUCCCCCCUCCGCUGCAGCCCCAAGUCUUUGCUGGUUAACCCAGCGUGUUGCUCGCCCUGCCUCCGUAUUUGUCCCCUUUCCCCUGCAUGCGUAUGUCUUUUCAACCAGCUCAUCAUAGCUCUCCUGUGUACCUCUGCUUGCAGUCAUGGUGUCAUUCCUGAUGCAAGCACCAAGUUAGUAGGCCAGGUUAGCAUGAUGCUGAGCACCCUGCUCGUGAGUAUGGCUUUUGCACAUUUUUCCACCUGCCAUAUAAUAGUAACAAUAGUGCAGAAUUAAUGCAAAGCCUGCUGUCCUAACAUAGCCAAAGCUGUGUCAUUCAUUUUUAAAUUUGUUUCAAUUGGAUCUGUUGAGCAGAAUGUUGGUGCUUCAGCUGCAGUCCGGUUUCUGCUUCGCUCAACUUAUUUAAGGACGAACAGUUGGUCUUUGACCUACGAACUUCAUUGGGACGGAGAGUUGGUUUGCUAUUCGGAGCAGGCUAGGGCUCACCAUCACUUCUGUAUGGAAGUACUAGUGCAGCGUGCACCAGUAAGAAAGGGUGGUAUUAGAAUAAGUGACCGUCCUUUGAGAGGUUUAUGUCUGCAUCCGUUUUCAUCUUUUGGUGAAAUGAACUCCCGUUUACUCUUGAGUUGUAUGCCACUUUGGAGAAAAGUGUGUGCUAAAUGAGUAAAUAUAAAUAUAGCCCAGGUAGAAGUGGGAUUAUUCUGUUAUGAACUGAAUGGGACUAUAGUCAGUCUUUCCUAUAGUAAGAGGGUGUCCACCCUGCCCUCUGGUGAGCCUGUACGUUUAGAAUCCCUUGGCAGGAGUAUUUAUGGCACAGUGUAAAGGAGAAGGCAAGAUAAAGAACCAGAUCAUUCUCCUGGUGUCUAUUGCUCUAUUGGAGCCAAUUCACGAAUACCCAGUACACAAAUAUGUCACUUAUCUUCACAUGCAGACAACUGUGUCAACUUGAAGCUGAAGGUUUUAAAUGUGUGCGGAGGAUGACGAAGAGGCUGCACUUUGCUGACAGCUCAAAACUGGUAGAUAUAGAAGGUACAGGAUCAUCGACAGCAUUUUUCACCUUCUCUUUGCUUCUUUUCCAUCUACUUUACAAUUUCAAAAGCUUAAGGCAGCUCUUACCAUCUUCCAGCAUAUAGUGACACUUUGGCACAUGAUUCAAAUUGCUGUGCCAACAAUCUUCUAUGAAAAAUAAAUAUUAAAUACUGUGCUUCUCAAAGUUUGUAUUGGUGGGAUGUUUGUUACUCAGAAGCUGGAAAGUUGGGGGCCAACUAUAUUCUGUUCCUCUUCAUACGUGGACACCAGUAGAGACAAAACGGGUAUCGUGGGGAACUGGGACUUCUACGUGGAAGUACGGUGCGUUGGGUUUCGUGGUGAACUUGCUGUACAGCGCUUUGCAUUUUAAACAUCUUCUGCCCUGCCUGGUAAUAUGGCUCAAGUGUUUUGCUAAAUCUUUAAUGAAGUGUAAAAUGAUACUGUAACGAAACACUCGCUGUAGACAAAUGGAAAGUGUCUAGUCAUUUCAUUGACACAGCUCUUCACUUUUUUUUUUUUUUUUUUUUUUUUUCCCCCCCCUCCUCCCUCUAGACAUGAACCCUGGCUGCGUUUCACUUUUUAUUUAUGACCACGGUGUCAUUUUGAGGAUUUGUCUUUUUGCCUCACUUAUUAAUAGUAAAGGAAGAUAAUGUAAAUUAAUAUUCAGUGGAUGAAGUGAAGCUACUUUAUAUUUAAUGGUAGCUGCAACAACUAUGGAUGUUUCAGUAAUCGAUUGGAUUCGAUCGAUUCCUCAGAAGCCCGAAGAAGCAGUAAUUCGAGGUCGCAGUGCACCGUUGUCAGAAUAUCAGCCUGGCUCACUCUCAGGUUAAGCGUAAAAGGGAAAUAUGCUGUUACACUUUCACGUGUCAUCUUUCAUCAGUGAAAUGAAUAUUUUGGAUUGUGUCUUUUUUUUAUUUUUAUUUUUAUUAAA